AUGUCUCGUUUACCUCCUGAAGAUAACAGGUAUCCGCCGGGUCCUUCUCACCGGCCCUAUCCGCGCCGUGAUGAUAGGGACGGCCAGAUAUCCCGACAGCUCGGCUUUCUCCGAUUCCGAGACCUCAAUCAUUCGCGCGCUUUUCUUGAGCGCAACUUUCCGUCCGUUUACUUCUACGGCCCAAGCGCUGGUCGGGAUGACCGAGGAACCAAAGUCCGCAUCGCAUAUAGCCGGGAAAGAGAGGAUCGUGCUCGCGCCAGAGCUGAGGGGGAUUGGACUUGCAAGAACUGUGCGAUAGUCAAUUACUCGACACGUUCAAAAUGUUUCCGGUGUCAAGCCCCCCGACCUGAACCUGGUCCAACGGGACCUCCUGGAAUCGCUGCUCCCAAGGUUGAAAAUAAUGGUGAUAAUGAUGCUGCUCCUGAAAACCAGCCGUCCCAGUUUCUCUUGUUCCGAGGACUCGAGCCCACCGUAACAGAAGAGCUUCUUGCGAAAGGAGUCGCUAAACUGUACCGACCAGCUCCUAACAAUUCUGAGAACACAUCAGGAAACCAGAAGAAGGGGGCUAAAGUGGCUUCCACUACUGGUGAUUCCAACCUAGGGGCUCGGGACGGGUCUAUCCGCCGUGUGCUACUAGUAAGAGAUCGCAAGAGCAACGAAAGCUGGCGUUAUGGAUUUGCGGAAUUUGCGACUAUCCAGGAUGCUCAAGCGGCUGUUACGCGUCUGAACUCGUUCGAGAAGUUCACUAUAUCAUCAAGGCCAGUGCUUGUGAGCUAUAUUCACGCUGGUGUAUUUGUUCCCGUGAUCAAUCCCUCGGCGCGUACAGAGAGGUUCACGUUCAGCCCUCUGAAUAACCCAUCUUUAAAGCUUAUGUACUGGGAUGAGGAGGCCUAUGUUAGAGAGCUCACAGUUUCGACUGGCGACAGCGAAAAUAAUCAAAUGUUAUUGAAGAACGACCAGCCUGAUCAGUCAGAAAAUCAGGGAAAGGCACAGAAAGACACGGACAAGACGAAGAAGAGAAAGGCAGACAACUCGUCCACCGCCGGCGCCAAGAAGCUUGCGAUGCCGUCACAUCUACAAUUUUGGAGCAAUCGACAUGCAGAGCUACAUGGCAUUCAAAAGAAGAAGCCAGAAGAUGUCGGAGGUGGCUCGGAUCAAGGAGCAUCGGCAAUGGAUCCUGGCGCUCCACCCGCCCAGUCCUAUGCGGAUCCCAACCGGAACUGCUGUUAUCUCUGCAUGCGCCAGUUCAAGAGCUCCGCGGAAGUCAACCGCCACGAACGACUCAGUCAGCUGCACCAGAGUAACUUGCAAAAUGAAGAGCUGAAAACCAAGGCGAUGGGGAAGCUUAUCAAACAUGGUAUUGUCCAAACACCCGAGUACCGCGAUCGAGCCAAGGAACGCCGACAGGCAUUCGGCAGCUCCAAGGCACCAGUCAAGAAGAGCGCGCCUCCGCCGAAGGAGGAAGAAGAGCUCCCAGUGGAGUCGACGUCGAAGGGCGCUUCUCUUCUCAGUAAGAUGGGAUGGUCUGCUGGAACAGGACUGGGUGCUCAGGGCACUGGCAUGACUGCUCCUAUUGCCACUGAGGUCUACGCGCAGGGUGUUGGUCUAGGAGCACAGGGAGGCAAAUUGGGAGAUGCCGUCGAAGAAGCAGGACGGAAUACCCGCGGUAGAUACGAUGAAUUCUUGGAAAAGACUAGGCAGACUGCACGGGAGCGAUACGAGAAAAUGGAGAAAUAG